AUAUCAACGCACGGGCCAAAGGAGGAGCCAACUAGCCAAGAACCAAGAAGAUUCAAAGGCCAGGAUGGCAAAUAGAUAGACAUCUCUAAGAAAGUGCGUACCAUGGACGAGUAGAGAACGCAACCUUGGCAUGCUCGGCGCUCGCUAAGCCAUACAUUUAAGUCCAAACGUGGCCGUCUUAACUCGUUAAAAAAGAACCAAAACUUCCUCUCUCUGACUCUCUGUCUUUGAAAUCUUCAAUAAUACCUUUUGAAAAAGAAUUCAAUCCACAGCAGCAUUGUCUAGGCCAGGCCUUUUUCCCGGAACUUUCACACUAAACCCCUCAAGACGCUGUAGAUUUGCUUACCUACCAACUGUCAUGUCCUUUUCUGGCGUUGGGUCUUGCCGGAAUUUAUGAACCUCGGUCGGUCUCUUUCUUGUUUCCAUCAAUCAAACGGGUCCGAGUAGCUUGUUUUAGCUAGCCAAUGGAUGCUGAAGCAGAGAAAGUGUAUGUUGCUAUUGGAAAUGAUUUACAGGAUGGAUUCAAGACCUUGGAGUGGGCGCUUAGGAAAUGGAAUUCUCGUCCGAUCUCCAUCGUCAUUCUCCACAUAACUUACAACAUGUCCAUGGAUUUUGUCUACACCCCAUUUGGCAAGCUGCCGGCAAGCGUUGUGAGUGAAGAGAAACUGGAAGUUCUUAGGAGGUUUGAGCAAGAAAAGAUUGAUAAGUUGCUUUCCAAGUAUAUAGCUUUCUGUGGCAAGGUAAAGGCUGAGAUAUUGAAAGUCGAGAAAUACGAUGAACCUGUUCAGAAGCUCAUUCUAGAUUUGAUUUCUGGCCUCCAAAUAACCAAACUAGUCAUGGGGUUUACAUUCAUGAAGUCCUCAUCGUGGAAAUCAAAGAACACGAUUAGUCGGUCAUUUUACAUUCAUCAGCACAAGCCCAAUUUUUGUGAAUUUUACAUAAUCUGUGGAGGAAAGCAGGUGUUACUUAGAGGACACAACGAUGAAGGAACCAUGGAGGAUGAUGAAGGAGUUAUGGUUGCAAAUAUGAGAGAAAAGGCUUCUCUCAGAGGUUGGCUAGGGAAAAUGUUUGCCGAUUCCCCAGAAAGAAAUUCUCGUAUCUCAUCCACUUUGCAGCUACCCAAUUCACAAAAUCAGUGGGAAAACCAUGUCGAAGAAAUUGAAAGUUAUUUCCAGCAAUUGUUGUCUUCUUCAGAUUUGGAUGGAGAUGAUCCUGCCCAGGAGAAUGACGAUUUCCAGACUAGCCCAGAAUCAGAUAUGCUGGAAAACACUGAUGCCAAUAUGAGUCCCACAGAAAAAAUCGAAUAUUUAAGAAGUAAAAUCAGUGAAGCCCAGCAGGCAACCCAGGAGAAGAGAAGAGAAGCUAAGGACAACAUUGAAAGGCAUGCGAAAGCUAAAUGGGUCAUUUCUUUAAGCAUUCAUCGGGCUGAAGAACUUGAAGCAGGGAUAAAAGAGGAGGCUAAAAAACGAUCAGAGUUGGAGAGAGAAUUAGAUUCUGAAAAGGAACAGAUGAACGAAGUAAUAAACGACAUUGAAGAAAGCAAGAGCAGGCUAAGCUCACUUGUACAGCUCCAAACCGAGCUCUGUAGCAAGCUUCAGAGGUCCACAUUGGCAAAGUCACGCUCCGAGACCCAACUGGAAAAGGCUGUGAUGACGAGGGCAGAGAUGGUUAGGGAGAUUGAGGAGUUGCGGAGGCAGAGAGAUGUGCUCAACCGGAGGAUUGAGUUUUGCAGAGAAAAAGACGCCAUUGGAAUGGCUACAAAGCUUGAUGAAUUGAGAUGUGGUUUUAGGGAGUACACGGCCGAGGAGAUCAGAUCAGCCACCGGUGAUUUUUCUGAUAGCAUGAGAUUGAAAUCUGGAGGGGACCGAACUAAUGUGUAUAGAGGGCGCAUGAAUCAUGGCACAGUUGCAAUCAAAAUGCUCAAUUCAACCAAUCAAAUAUCCCAAGAAGUUUUCCAAGAUAAGGUGGAUCUACUUGGCAAUAUCCGACACCCGCAUUUGGUCGCCAUGAUUGGAUUAUGUUCCGAGCUAAAAUGCUUUGUGUUUGAGUACAUGCACAAUGGCAGCUUACAAGACGUGUUAUCUUCCUCCCACUCCAACAGAAGCUCUGGGCAAAGAAACCAGGCCCUCGGGUGGCAGGACCGGAUCGGCAUUGCGGCCCAGGUUUGCUCGGGCCUGAGCUUCCUCCACUCGGCCCGGCCCAUCCCCAGGCCCAUUGUUCAUGGCGGCCUCACACCCUCCAACAUCCUCCUUGAUCGUAAUCGCAUGGCAAAGAUCAGUGGUUAUGGGCCCCCAGAAGCCCAUGAUGCAUGUGAUGUGGGAGUGGAUAUUCGGGCUUUUGGGGGUGUAUUGCUACAUCUUCUAACAGGGAGAAACUGGGCCGGGUUGGUUGAGGAGGCAAUGGCAAUGGGUAGUGCCGGGCUGGCCCAGGUUCUGGAUGAGGUGGCUGGAGAUUGGCCGUUGGAUCUGGCAGAGGAGUUUGCGGGCUUAGCACUGAGGUGUUUGUCCAAUACAGAGUUGAGCAUCACAAGGGUGAUGGAAGAGCUCAACAAGAUGAAGAACAAGGCUGAUGAAGUAAUGGGAAGAUCUGAGCCGGUCAUCAAUGGAAGUGAUUAUGGAGCAGAUUCAUAUGAUGUACCCAGAGCUUUCCUCUGCCCCAUAUUUCAGGAUAUAAUGAAGAACCCGCACGUGGCAGCGGAUGGAUUUUCAUAUGAGCUGGAAGCAAUAGCGGAAUGGCUAGAAAUGGGGCGUGAUACUUCACCCAUGACAAACUUGCGUCUCAAGCAUACACAGCUCUUCCCCAACCAUGCCCUUCGUUCUCUCAUUGAGGAUUGGCGAAAUAAUAUUUUCACGAGUGUCUCCCUGCAACUGUAAAUUCUUUUGUUUUUCCUCUUGUAAAGGAUAAAAGGCUGCCUUGGGCCUAUAGUGAGUGGCUACGAGAGCACCAUAAAUAGGUUGAAGAAGGGCUAUGAUGGAUAUAAAAGAAUUUGUUAAUGAGACUUACGUGGACCAAA